GUUUGAGAUAAAUUUGAGUGAUCCUCCUCUUCUCCUUUCCCUUUUCUUCUUCGUCGUUCAUGUCCAACGACAAACUAAAGAAACAUUUCCGAAUCCGAUAGAUCGUUGUUCCGGCGCGCCAUAAGCUCCGAUUGCAAAUAAUGGCGCUAAAAUCACAGACGAUUGCUGGAUUAGCUGCGCCGUUACCAUCUCCCGCUUCAACCUCAUCGACUUCUUCGAGCAACACACUCUGCAUGGUGAAGCGCCCGCCUCUGAGCUCGUCUUUCUUAAAUGGCGGUGGUACUGCAUCACGAGCCUUCCUCUUCCCUAACAUCUCCUUCCUGGCCUUGAAUUUUCCUAUUUUUUUUUCGCGGAUUUUCAUGUUCCAUUGAAGUUCACUUAGUUUGAGCUAGAGAUGAGUUGAUUAGGGCACGGGCAUGUGUUGAAUUGAUUAUGUAUUGCCGACCUGUGUAAUUUGAGAGUAUGAUAGUCUGAUUUCAAUUGUAUUUCAACUAAAUUCCCUCUGUGGUAGUAUGAACUUUAGUUGUUUCUCUAAUGUUUUUGCUGAUUUGGGGAUUGUUCUGAGAAACCUGAAUAGUUUGAUGGUUGACUUCUGUGAUUGAUUUGGACUUCUCUGCAAUGAGCAUGGAUCCUUCACCUCGGGAUGAUGGAAAACUUGUUUGGUUUCCUGUUCGUGGGUCAUUAUAUGCAUCACUAAAAGCUUGAGAGUUGGGUUCAAAUUGCUAAAAUUUGAUUUGGCUCAUAAUUGAAGCUCUAAAGAUCACCAGGACACGGAGUCCAGUUGGUCGUUCGAACUGUUUGAGGCAAGCUGGAGGCGGGCUUACCAUUCGUUCAAAUCUUUUUGAUCGGUUUGCAAGGGUCGUGAAGUCAUAUGCCAAUUCAAUCUUAAGUUCAUUUGAAGACCCAGAGAAAAUUUUGGAUCAAGCUGUGCUUGAAAUGAAUGAUGACUUGACAAAGAUGCGCCAAGCCACAGCACAAGUUUUGGCAAGUCAAAAACGAAUGGAAAAUAAGUACAAAGCUGCACAGCAAGCUUCUGAAGAUUGGUACCGGAAGGCACAACUUGCUCUUCAGAAGGGAGAGGAAGAUCUUGCACGCGAAGCUCUCAAGAGGCGAAAAUCUUAUGGUGACAAUGCUAGUUCUCUAAAAGCUCAACUUGAUCAACAGAAAACUGUGGUGGACAAUCUUAUAGCUAACACUCGGCUCUUGGAGAGCAAGAUACAAGAGGCCAAGUCCAAGAAGGAUACUCUAAAAGCACGUGCUCAGAGUGCAAGGACGGCAACCAAAGUGAAUGAGAUGGUAGGAAAUGUUAAUACCAGUAGUGCUCUUUCCGCUUUCGAAAAGAUGGAGGAGAAAGUGAUGGCAAUGGAAUCAGAGGCAGAAGCACUUGGCCAAUUGACUACCGAUGAGUUGGACGGGAAGUUCUUGGCACUUGAGACCACGUCAGUGGAUGAUGAUCUCGAUAGCUUGAAGAAGGAGCUAGCCGGUAGCACAAUGAAGAAGGAGCUGCCUCCGGGACAAAACAUUUUCACCAGAACAAGAGACCCGGACAUCGAGAUGGAGCUCAACGAGUUGCGGCAGAAGAGGAAGGAAUUCUAGGAGGUGUUGGGGCAAGGCCAGAGUCAACUAUGAUUGUUAUAGUUGUGCUUCAUUUGAUUGAGAGGCAUUGGUUUGCUUUAGUUUCUAUAUGUUAUCUUGUGAGUAUAAUUUUUCUAUGCGACCCACUUGAGACUUCAUGGCUGAAUAUGGCGUCCAAUGUAAAACUUUGGAGAACUGGGGUCUGGUUUGAAGGGAUGGGAAAAUUGUACAUAGGAAGCUUGUUUGAUCUGUUUCUUAUAUUUGCUAAUCUAGACAUUAAUAUUGUGGAUUUGUGGUAGAGUUUAUAGUGCUAUCUAUGGCCACUGAAGUUGAGACUGGAUAUUCGGAGAGUAUUUCAGUAGAUCUUCAAUGGAUAUGGCAGGAGGACAAUUAACAAAACUCUUCACAAAGAGUUAAAUUUGAAGACUAUCUACAGCAAUCACAAUCAUGCCAAAAGGCAAAAGUCUUAA